GGCGACUCCCCGCUAGAUGCCCAGUUAGGCAAAGCGCCGACCCCGUCCUGUCACAUCCCUCCCUCCUCAAAUUGGCUAUCGCUAAAUUUCCGUUCCCCUGAAGGGACGACCCUCGUCGACCGCAACUUCAAAAUUGGCGACGGACACUCGAGCAUCUUCCCAUAUACACAUCAAUCCGAAAUCCCCUUCCCCCGUCCCGUCGCAAUAACUCCCGGUCCCAUCGCUAUCGAGACGUUGAAUUGUUCUUCCUGACCAACCUACCAUCAUGUCUUCACCAUUGAGCGCUUACCAUGCUGGGAUCAAGAUCCGCCGAAAGAAGAAUGUCAAGAAGGGUAUCCAGUUCUGCUUGAUGGUCUGCGGUGCCUCGGGCACUGGCCGAACUACCUUUGUCAACACGCUCUGCGGAAAGAAGGUCCUUCAAGCAAAGGAUGCUGACGAUGCGACCAACGCACACCUCGAGGAAGGCGUCAGAAUCAAGCCCAUCACCGUUGAGUUGGAAUUGGACGAAGAAGGAACCCGCAUCUCAUUGACCAUCGUCGACACACCUGGAUUUGGAGACCAAAUUGACAACGAGGCCAGCUUUGGUGAGAUCGUUGGCUACCUUGAACGCCAAUAUGACGAUAUUCUUGCAGAGGAGUCCCGUAUCAAGCGUAAUCCUCGUUUCCGCGACAAUCGUGUCCAUGCACUCCUCUACUUCAUCACUCCCACCGGACAUGGUCUACGUGAAUUGGACAUUGAACUCAUGAAACGCCUGUCCCCACGUGUCAACGUCAUCCCUGUCAUUGGUAAAGCCGACUCCCUCACACCUGCUGAAUUGGCCGAGUCGAAGAAGCUUGUUAUGGAGGACAUCGAACAUUACAGAAUUCCCGUAUACAACUUCCCGUACGACAUUGAGGAGGAUGACGAGGACACUGUAGAGGAAAAUGCCGAACUCCGUGGGUUAAUGCCAUUUGCCAUUGUCGGUUCUGAGGAAGUCGUCGAAAUUGGUGGUCGCAAGGUCCGAGCCAGACAAUACCCGUGGGGUGUUGUGGAGGUGGACAACCCAAGACAUUCCGACUUCCUCGCAAUUCGAAGUGCUCUGUUGCACAGCCAUUUGGCGGACCUGAAGGAGAUUACCCAUGACUUCCUCUACGAAAACUACCGUACCGAGAAGCUUAGCAAGAGUGUUGAAGGUGGCGCUGGGGCUGAUUCUUCCAUGAACCCUGAGGAUCUGGCAUCCCAGUCUGUCCGCCUAAAGGAGGAGCAACUUCGACGUGAGGAGGAGAAGCUUAGAGAAAUUGAGCUCAAGGUCCAAAGAGAAAUCAAUGAGAAGAGACAGGAGCUCUUGGCUCGCGAGAGUCAACUUAAGGAGAUCGAGGCCAGAAUGCAACGAGAGCAAACCGCACACCUGGAAGCCACUCAGAAUGGGAAUGGGAACGUAGAAGCCGAUACUGAGGCAUAA